ACCUAUAUACAACGUUGUUUACUACGUACGUCGAACGACAUUGAAAAACGUCAAUUCCUCGAACUCACUCUCCAGAGACAAUCACCAAAAAGAUAAUUCCAUCAUUUGCUCCUGACAAUCUACACAUUUCCUGUGGAAUUCCCUGGACUGACGUUUUUUAUGGCAUCAUCAGGUCGCAGGUCUAACCUCUAACUGUCAACAAUUAAUAUUUCUGUCACAAUUUGGAAUUUAUAUUCCUGGAUAUAUCGGUAUUUCCAUAUUUUUCGUAUAUAUAUCGGAUUUUCAUUAUCACUGACUGAAUUCUGUGAAGCUGAAAAAUGGGGAAACAUGAGCCUGGAACUCCGAAAUAUAUUGCUAACAAGAUCAAGUCGAAGGGUCUCCAGAAGUUGCGAUGGUACUGUCAGAUGUGUGAGAAACAGUGUCGAGAUGAGAAUGGAUUCAAGUGUCACACGAUGUCAGAGUCUCAUCACAGGCAAUUACUGCUAUUUGCUGACAAUGCGCACAAGUACAUGGAUCAAUUCUCCCAGGAGUUCUCGCAUGGUUACUUGCACCUGUUGAAGAGACAAUUUGGUACACGACGAGUGCCUGCCAACAGAGUUUAUCAGGAUUACAUAGCGGACAGAGGUCAUGUGCACAUGAACGCUACAAUUUGGCUGAGUCUCACUGCUUUCGUCAAGUGGCUAGGAAGAACAGGAAAAUGUGUUGUUGAUGAGACUGAAAAGGGAUGGUUCGUGACGUACAUAGAUCGUGACCCAGAGACCCUUGCACUCCAGGAGAAGAAGGCAAAAAAGGAGAAGAUGGACAAGGAUGAUGAGGAGCGAAUGAUGGAUUUCAUCGAGAAACAAGUGGAGCAGGGACGUCAGGAAGCUGUGGAGGCACUGGAGGACACGCCAGUCCCUCUCCAGCGGUGCGAAGAUGAUGGGCCUCUUGUUCUCGAUCUCAAGCUCAAGGUCAAGCCAAAACUCAUGGGACCUCCUUUGGCACCAGCUCCUAGGAGAGGAGAAUCUUCCAGAGACUUGAGAAUUAAAGAGGAGCCACAGUCUGAGGAUGAAUCCGACAGGCAAAGUCGGGCCCCCAGUGAGUGCAGAUCUGAAAUAAGUGUCAAGAGGCCCCAUAGGACUGAUGACUCCUCCUCCUCGAAAGUCAAACGAGAGAGGAGAGACUCCGAGAGUUCUCAAGGACAGUCCACAUCUAGUGGGUGGCUCCAGGAGGGACUGGUCGUGAAGAUCAUAACGAAAACUCUGGGUCAAAAAUAUUAUAAAGCAAAAGGAAUCGUUCAAUCACCAGUACUCGAAGCUGGUUACGUAGGAAAAAUUAAAUUAACUUCACCGGAGGAGGUCGAGGGGCAUGUUGUAAAACUGGACCAGGAGCAUUUGGAAACGGUAAUACCAGCUAUUGGGAGGGAAGUUCUGAUUAUACAAGGGAAGUACAAAGGAUCCAAGGGAAUUAUAAAAAAAGUUCGGGUCGAGGAAUAUAGCGUCGAUGUUGAACUCCUGAGGGACGAGAGGUAUCUCAAAAAAUUACCCUACGAAUCCAUAUGCAAGUACUCUGCACUUCCCAAAUCGUAACGAAGGACUCGAUUACGAUAAAUUGUACAUUCGGUCGAUGUGAGAGUAUAUCAAUGUAAAUUUUUUCAAUAAAAUAAUAGAUCGAGAAAUUUUGAGAU